UAUAUUGAAAUAUAUAUUGUUUAUCCAUCCACAUGGAUGCCAUGCCCAUGCAUACGAGCUAUGGCCUUUUGUUUCUUUCAAGAUGCUCACCGGGUGACACACACACCAAUUUAAUGCUGUGGUGUUCAUUCAUUCAUACUUCCCCUCGCUGCUGCACUACUACUCGCUCCUGAACUACAUCUACUGCUCUCCUCCCUUCGAUCUUUAGGUUUGUCGAUCGUCCCUGCAGUGUUCUAGCAGGAAAAACCAAGCUCGCUCUCUUUCAGGAGGAUUGAACAAGGCCACCACCGCUCGCCGCUGCUGAGCUCCUAACAGGCAAUCGCAGAUUGAGAGGGAGAGACAGAGAGAGAAGGUUGUGUAAUCCAAAUCACCCAAGUCGAUCUAGCUUCUUGCUGGAGCUGGAACAACAAGACAACAGCGUGGAUCUACGCCACCAAGAUGAAGAUGAUAUUUUACCUUCCUUCUCUCUCUCUCUCUCUGGAUCUCUGAGAGAUUGUUGGAGGCAAAUUCACGACCUCGUUUGCCUCUCUCACUCUCUCGAGUCCCUUUGCUCUCAAACAACGAAGAAGACGAACAAACGCUAGAAAGAAAAAGAAGUGGAGCGAUCUAGAGGAGAGAAGUAGAAGUAGUAGCGAGCGUUUGUAUAGAGCAUGAGGCUUGGAGGCCCGACUGUGGCGCUCUUGGCCAACGACAGUGUUGUGGCGGGCGGCGCUGGAGGAGGAUUGCUGGGCGACAUUCCAAACAUGCCGGCUGGAGCAAUGGCGGCUCCCAGGCUCAUCCCUCCCUCGCCCUCCAUGCCGCGAAGAGGAAAUGGAGGAGGAGGAGCAAACAUCUAUAGCUCCAGCCCCGGCCUCACUCUUGGCCUGCCGAGCAUUGUCGAUGGGAGGCAGCAAGGUGGGGCUGGAGCCGGCGAUGGCGACGCGCAGAAUCAAUCGGGGAUUGGAGCGCCCAUGAAGCUGAGUAGCAAGAACAAGGACGAGGAGUAUGAGAGCCGGUCUGGGAGUGAUAACAUGGAUGGGUCUGGAGGGGAGGAUCAGGACAAUGAGCCGCCGAGGAAGAAGCGCUACCACCGACAUACUCCACACCAGAUUCAAGAGAUGGAAGCCUUGUUCAAGGAGUGCCCGCAUCCGGAUGACAAGCAGCGGCAGGAGCUCAGCCGGGAGCUCGGAUUGGAGCCGCGGCAAGUCAAGUUUUGGUUCCAGAAUCGAAGGACCCAGCUCAAGGCCCAGCAGGAGAGGGCCGAGAACUCCAUGCUACGUCUCGAGAUAGAGAAGUUGCGAGCCGAGAAUGUGACGAUGCGCGAGGCCAUCAAGAACGCGUCGUGUCCGAGUUGCGGGGGCCCGGCCACGCUCGGUGAGAUGUCCUACGACGAGCAGCAAUUGCGAAUCGAGAAUGCGCGGCUCAAAGACGAGCUCGAUCGCGUCUCGACACUGGCAGCCAAGUACCUGGGCCGGCCAAUCCCACACCUCUCCGGCGGCGGCUCGCAAGCGCCGAGCUCCUCCCUGGAUCUCGCCGUGGGUGGCGCCGCCAACUUUCAUCAGGGUGGCGCCGCCGCCGCUGGAUCGCUCGUCUCCGCGGGCUCGGAAUCCAUGAGGCCCGGAGGUUUGAGCGAGGCGGACAAGCCCAUGAUCGUGGAUCUCGCGGUGACCGCCAUGGAAGAACUCUAUCGCCUCUGCCAGCCCGAGGAGCCAUCGUGGAUUCCCAGCCCCGACGGACCAAAGGAAGUUCUCAACUAUGACGAGUACAUCCGGCAGUACCAAUCCGCGCUGGGACCUCGCCCCUAUGGCAUGCGUACGGAAGCCACCCGCGAGAGUGAUCUGGUGAUGAUGAACGGCGUCAACUUGGUGGAGCUUCUCAUGGAUUCGGCGAAAUGGGCGGAGAUCUUCCCCAGCAUUGUGUCUCGAGCAGUCACCAUUGAUGUUCUGGCAACCGGAGUUACAGGAAACCGGAAUGGCGCCGUUCAGUUGAUGUAUGCCGAGAUGCAAGUCUUGUCGCCUCUGGUUCCAACUCGCGAGUUUUACUUCGUGAGGUACUGCAAGCAGCACGCGGAUGGAGUCUGGGGAAUCGUGGACGUUUCCGUAGAUGCGCUCGCUCGCGAGGCAGCGCCCUCUUCCAAUCGGUGCCGGAGACGCCCCUCGGGAUAUCUCAUCCAGGACAUGCCCAAUGGCUACUCAAAGGUGACGGUGUUGGAGCAUGUGGAAUACGAUGAUCGAUCCGUCAACAGGAUUUACAAGCCUUAUGUCAACAGUGGUCUCGCUUUUGGAGCACAGAGAUGGCUGCUCACGCUGCAGCGCCAGUGCGAGAGGCUCGCCAGUCUAUUGGCCACCAGCAUCUCUGCCAGAGAUCUUGGAGUGAUACCCAAUGCGAGUGGCCGCCGGAGCAUGCUCAAGUUGGCGCAGCGCAUGACGAAUAACUUCUGCGCGGGCGUGAGUGCGUCCACUGUGCACACUUGGACGACGCUGUCCGGUAGCGGCGAGGACGAUGUCCGUGUCAUGACUCGCAAGAGCGUCGACAAUCCCGGCGAACCGCACGGGAUUGUUCUCAGCGCCGCCACCUCUCUAUGGCUUCCAGUGCCUCCGAAGCGCGUGUUUGAGUUCUUGCGAGACGAGAGGCUACGCAACGAGUGGGACAUUCUCUCCAACGGUGGAAUGGUGCAAGAGAUGGCUCACAUCGCCAAAGGACAGGAUCCAGGCAACAGUGUCUCUCUCCUCCGUGUCAACACUCUCAACUCGACGCACAGCAAUAUGCUCAUCCUCCAGGAGAGCUGCACCGACGACUCGGGCUCGCUCGUAGUUUACGCUCCGGUGGACAUCCCAGCCAUGAACUUGGUAAUGCAGGGUGGCGACCCGGCCUACGUUGCUUUGCUCCCCUCCGGCUUUGCGAUCCUCCCCGACGGACAGGACCACUGUGGAAGUCUCCAGCACGAUAGUCUAGAGGUGGACAGGCCCAGGGUUCCAGGCUCGCUCUUGACAGUGGCAUUCCAGAUUCUCGUCAGCAAUGUUCCUUCCGCAAAGCUCUCGCUCGAGUCCGUGACAACCGUGAACAAUCUCAUCUCGUGCACUGUCCAGAAGAUCAAGGCCGCGCUCCAGUGUGACAAUCAGUGAUGGAAAGCUGGGAAGUGAUCAGGAAAGUUGGGUGGGAUGGAUGGAUGAUGGAUGGUUUUUUGGGGGACAGGAUCACAGGACAGGUGGUGGAACUUCUCGUUCUUUUCGUAGGGGAUGACUUCUCAGUUCUUUCUCUCUUUCGGUACGAUCUUCCUCCGCCAGCUUUCCAGGGGCUCCAAGGUCUGGUUUUGAAAGAUGGAUCGAGACAGGGGCGAUAUGUUGCAUGCAAGUUGGGGCUUGAGCAAGCCGAGGAGUGGUCAAACAAGGUUCUCGGGGAGCUUUUUUCCUUGAUCUCUCUCCUUUUUGGCAAGCUCGGUUUUGGUUAUACACUGGACAGAAGUUUGGGACUCGCUUGAGGGAAAAUCACCACUCUUUUGACAACACUGGCUAGUGAAGAAGGCAAUGAUUCUUUUGUUCUUUCUCGACUACAAACACCACAACACAAGGCAGUGAGCUCGCAUUGAGCAGGGUGGUGAUUUUUUCCCUCAGGAAGGAUUUGCUCUUGGGACUUCCGUGCCAACAUAGCAGGGAAAGCAAAGAAAACUGGAGAAGAAUAAGCACCGGGAAGGCUGGGAACUCGUGGAGGAGGAAAAGCAAACUUUUAGAGGCUCUCUUUCUAACAUAUAAGAAAAAGGUGAGAUAUGGAGUAUAUGGGAGGGAGUCAAGAACGCACCAUCGAAAGCUCCCUUGCAGCGUGGUAAAGUCUGGAUUCAUAGAUGCACUCCAGUGUGAGUGUAGAUCACUGGCGGUGGAACAACACUGGUGAUUUCGCUCACACUGGCACAAACUCUGUGCACGACGAGUCUCGCUUCACCACGGUGCAAGGCAAAUGGUUCGGGCAUUGACUUCACUUCCACUCCAGAUUUCCAUGUAUCAGUUGUUUGCUUUCGAUUGAUCUAAAAUCUAAGAAACAUUGUGUUCUUGA